AUGCCCCCGAAAAGAGCUCUCGUCACAUACGCGGUCGACGUUGACGCCUGCGCCAACUGGAUCAACACUAGAGAUGGAACCAAGAUUGGUGCAACUGAUGUCUCUAGGGGCAUUUUUGGGGCGAACGUCGGUACCGAUCGUAUGCUCAAGCUUUUUGCCGACAACAAUAUCAAGGCUUCUUGGUACAUGCCUAGCCACACUAUUCUGUCCUUUCCUCAGCAGAUGGCAAAGGUUCGAGACGCAGGGCACGAGAUCGGGUUGCAUGGUUACACGCACGAGUUCGUACGUUUCCUGACCGAAGAGCAAGAGCGCAAAGUCAUGGCCAAGUCAAUCGAAGUUUACCAGGAGUUCACUGGCAAGUAUCCAAAAGGCUGGGUCGCCCCUGCUUGGGAAGUCAGUCCGAAGACCAUGUCCAUUUUGGAAGACUUCGGGAUCGAGUACGAUCACUCCAUGUUGCAUCAUGAUUGUCAACCAUACUACGUCGCGGAUGUUCCCGAGGAGUCUUUGGUACAUACGGACUACUCUAAGGAUCCAGAUACUUGGAUGGUGCCUAUGAAGGAGCACAAGCCCACCAAGGUGGUCGAGAUUCCAGGAUCAUGGAAUGUGGACGACUGGCCUCCAAUGAAUUACACAAGACGUCCUGGAACACACGGUUUCGUCAACCCGCGAGAUAUUGAGGUGCAGUGGAAGGAUCAGUUCGACUUCUUCUAUAGAGAGUAUGACACGUUUGUCUUCUGUGUCAGUUGUCACCCACAGGUCAGCGGCAAGUCGAAUGUCAUGCUGAUGCACGAGCGAUUCAUCGAGUAUUUGAAGACGAAGGAAGGUGUUGAGUUCGUCACAAUGGCCCAAGUUUGCGAUGAAUUCAAGGCCGGGACGUUGCCAGGGGUUACUAUCCAAGCGGGUGUCAGUUCUAGUGACUAG